UGAAAUCAGCAUUGACAGCGAACGCCAACAAAAUGAAAGAGUUUGCUUCAGAAUUUCAUUUGUACAUAACACCGAUUUAGGAAUUUUGAAGUGCCAUGCCUUUGGUUAAACUAAUUGGUCCCAAACCGACCGCUGCAGAUGCAACUGCAGAAGCCAUAGCAGCAUCGCAACGCAGAAGGUUAACUGUUCCUGAAGUAGCGCCUGAAACUCCAGAAAGAGCUUUACUACAGCGAUUUACAACCACAUCAGAAGAUUCAAACCUCCCAUUGAGGCUGCAAGUUCACGAAAUAGAGGAUGAUACGCCAGUAGGGGUACGCAUCUCGAGGAAGACACACGGUGCUUUUGUAGUUGAGGUGCAUGCGUAUGCACUUGGCUACUUACUUUUCGCUCUCGUACAAUGGACACUAAUAUAUGAAAUACAUGAAAUUGUCGAUUUUGUGGCUGCGCACUACUACCUGUCGCUGAUUCCGUUUAUGAUGAGCCUAGUAAUGCUGAUGUGCUUGCUAUUCUUCUAUGAUUCAAUUGUUCGAGCCUGGUAUGAAGUGCUAUAUUACGUGUAUACAGUAAUAAUGCUUCAGCUUGCCACCGUCGCUAUUGCAAUGCCGAUUGGCUUUUCCGAAUUUAUGCAUUUCGUGUGUUCGGCCACAUUUACAGCAAUUGUGAUAAUAAUUAGUAUGGUGAUCGCUUUUAACAGGCAAGACUUUAAUAUAUUCAAGCCAGAUUUUAUAUAUGGCUGGACCUGUAGAUGUUUUAUACUCACCUCAAUGGGUAUCACAGUUGGAACGUCACUGGGGAGUCCUUAUUUCGUUAUGGUUUUGUCACUGACAAUGUCCUUUUUUAUGUCAAUUUAUAUACUGAUAUGCGGAAAAGCUAUAAGCAGUGCGGAAUUCAUUUGGUUGGACAGACUUGGCCCUCGUAUGUAUGGCUCGUUGUUUUAUAUAAAUUACAUGACGCUUUACUCGGUGGUCGUGUUAUUCUUUGAGGCAUUUGAUGAUGCUAAGAAAUUAGAAUAAAGCAAUCGCCAGAAAAACAAAUUGUAUACUAAGUUCAGAGCUGCAUCUUUCAGUUAUCAAUUAUCCCUUCAUGUUGUCAUUGUUGUAGAAAAAUAUUAUGUUUAAAAUUGCACAAAGUUAAGCAAAAUCUAUUUUCUAAAUAUUUA